AUGCGUGGAUGUCUAAUUCUCCUCGAGGGCCUAGACCGUACGGGCAAAUCGACACAGGCAGACAUUCUCGCCUCAGUGUUGAAGGCGAAACUCUUCAAGUUUCCCGACAGAUCUACCCCAAUCGGUGCCCUUAUCAACCAAUACUUGGUUGACCCAACGUUCCAUUUGCCAGACCAGGCAGCCCAUUUGCUUUUCAGCGCCAAUAGAUGGGAACUUGAAAAUGACAUAGUGAGCACGCUAAACCUGGGUCAACAUGUGGUAAUGGACAGAUACAUUUACUCGGGAAUCGCCUACUCGCUCGCUAAAGCCAGUUUGAACGAGUUCGACUGGCUCUACUCUCCUGACAAGGGGCUUCCGAAGCCAGACUUGACCAUGUUCUUGACCAUUGAUUUAGCGGAGUUGAGCAAACGUAAGGGUUGGGGUGAGGAACGCUAUGAGAAGGAGGAGUUUCAGAAGAUUGUCAAAGAAUGUUUCUUGAGGAUUCUUGAUCCUAACGCAGAUAAGACCAUUGAGAUUGUGACAGUAGAUUCGCUUCUGAUCGAGGAGGUGACAGAUAAGUUAAUGGAGGUGGUGGAGAGUCACGGCGUGGAUAAGUGCCGGGAGGAUGAGAUUCAGAGACUUAUGUGA